GGGUGUGCGUCACUUUCUCCAUGUAAUUUGUAAAGUACAAGAACAUCCCAGAGCUCACGUCCUGUCCACAUUCCUUGGGCUGUGCAGGUGUUGUUGGGGUGAGCAGGCCGUGGUUUGGCUCUGAGAGCACCCAGCCCCUUGGCCAGCUGGCUGGGCUGAGGGGACAUUGCCCUGGACAGUGAGCUGGGGCUGCUGUGGCUCUGCUAGUCAGGCUCACAUGACCCUGUGAGCCACGCUGCUAUUUCCAAACCUGCUGCUUGCUGCUCAAGAUAUUUUGGUUAGAAAAUAUGCUAUAAAUGUCACAGGGAGGGCAUGGUGAGGCUAGAGGACAACUGGGGGCACCUCUGUGCCUCUCUGAGUGGGAUGUGUGCUGGAGCAGUGGCACAGGAGUGUUGGACAACACUUGUCUCUGUCUCCAGCUCCAGCCUUCUGCUGUGCCCUGGGAGCUGAGCCCCAGCAGGGUCCUGCUGUGAUGUUCCCAAGCUUUGGGGCUGGGGCUGAGCAGGCACCCACUCACCAGGGGAUCAGGAAGGGCUGUCCCUGAUAGAACAGCAGCCAGGUGUGUGUGAGACCUGUACCUGCAGUGACAUGAGGAGGAUCUUUGAAGACACCUCCCUCCAGGGCUCUGCCCCCACAUGACUGAAGGUAGGCAGUGGCCACUCCUGCACCCCAACAAGCCCAACAGUGCUGGUGGCCUGGCCUGGUUUGUCUUUGGGGUGGGGAGAAAAGGAAUCUCACUAGUAAAGUUCCACUGAAACAUGCUGUCUAGACUUUGACUUGAACAGGUCCAUUCUGUACAGCCAGCUGAACUGUGACCAGGUCUGAGCUCUGCAGUGGUUCUUCCUCUGUCCCUGGGCAGAGACCCACUGUGCUCAGCUUGGAGGAGGUGCCCCUUUUAGCCCAAGGCUCCCAGUGCUAGAGCAGGAGCUUAGCAGCCAUCUGAUGUACAUGCCUAAUUGCUGUUCAAGAAAGAAGGCUGGAAGUGUUCUGUCCUCAGCACUGAGCUUGGAUGCCCAGUGCUGUGUUCAGGCUCAUAUAACCACAAGCAGAAGAUUAGAUGGGCCAAGAGACUGAUGCCUUUGCCAGCAGAUAAACAAGUGGAGGAGUUCUGAGAUAUGUGGCUGACUGCUGCUGGGGUCUGUGCAAGGGUCUGCAGCAGGAUGGCAGAGUGAAAUUCCUGACUUCUAAAGCAGCAUAGGGAUUUGUUUUUUUUCUGACACACCUGCCUGGACAAUCCCCAUCAGGAUGACAGAGCACAAAAUGAUGAAGUGUCUGACAUGCCCAAACUUGGAUGGGAGAAAACAAUGGUUAGUUCAGCCUUGAUGGACCUGGACAAUUCCUCUGUGGCAGAUGGUUCUGUUCUGGGUCAUGGCUGUAGCUGGAGAGUAUCAGAGGCAGGAGCUGUCUGGUGGUGGUGCUGUUCUUCUGCUGUUCCUCUGAGGCUGCUUGCAGUAGCCUGCAGCUGCUUCCCUGUCUCAAGUGGAACAAGGAACACCAGGACCAGCAGUGCAGGCUUCUGGUUCUGCACCGGUCCCAAGAUCACCAGCAGCACCUCUGUCCUCACAAGGGCACAGGGGACAUCUGACACUCAGGUUGUGCUUCUAUGCUGGGCAGCACAGCUCCUCCUGCUCCUUUCUCAUUGUCCCCUGCAGCUACAGGAGGGUGACAGCUCUGGAUGUGUUUGUGACCACAGCCCUGGCACAUCCACACUGCACUGUGAGCUGGGACACGAGCAGACAGUUCCCUCUGUUGCUGUGCCCCUUCCCCCAGAAGGGCUCGAUGUUGGGAAAUUGCUUCCAGGCUCCCCUGAAGGGCUACCCAUGCAGGAGUAGAUUUGACCCCUUGGAUGGGCACAUCAACAGGUGGAUGGUAAGAUGAGCCACUAACUUCUGCCCAAAAGUGGGAGGCUGCAGGCCUGGGCGGCUCGAUUACGAAGCAUCAUGGCAAAUAGCAUGAGCUGCAUGUCCCCAAAAUAGCCCAGGGGAGUCUUUAUAACGUGGUGCUCCCAGAGAAUGAUCAGUCCAGGGCCAAGGGCCCCGUAGGUGAGCUGCAAGUGCCAGGUGCCAGCUCCUGCUGUGACUGGGGGCGUGCAGGAGAGCGUGGCGGCGAGGGGACACGGGCACGCAGCAGCAGCAGGGCCCAGCACGGAGCUGUAGUGAGGAGGAGGAGGCCCCUGAGAGGCAGGAGAGCACGGCAGAGCAGCGAGGGGCCGGCAGCGCCCAUGCCGCUGUGCCUGAAGGCUGCGGGCAGCAUGAGGGACUAUUGCCCCGUGUCGCUGCGCUACACACCGCGCCACAGCGCCGCGCGCACCGUGCGCUUCCCCAACGACGUCCUCUUCCAGGACCACAUCAAGCAGGGGGACCUGGAGCAGGUGGGCAGGUUCAUACGAGCCAGGAAGGUGACGCUGGACACCAUCUACCCUUCUGGCAUGGCAGCCCUCCAUGAAGCCGUGCUGACGGGAAACCUGGACUGUGUCAAGCUCCUGGUGAAAUACGGCGCUGACAUCCACCAGAGAGACGAGAACGGGUGGACGCCCCUGCACAUGGCCUGCAGCGACGGCUACGCGGACAUAGCCAGGUACCUCCUGUCCCUUGGGGCCAGCCUCGAGGCUACCACUGAUGACGGCGAGAAACCUUCGGACCUCAUCGACCCGGAAUACGAGGACCUAGUGCAGCUCUUCGGAGCCACGGCGCUGCGCUGAGCCGGGCACGGCGAAAAGCGGCCCCGAGAGUAUCGGGGCCGGGCCGGGGGGCUGCGCCCGGGCUGGGCCCGGGCAGCGACCGGGCAGGGGCGCUCGGAACCGCGAGUCGGGAUCACUUUGUACUUUUGCAAUAAAGCGUCUCGGUUACCGCCUGCGGUCAGUGACCGGGCAGGGGCGCUCGGUACCGCGAGCCGGGAAUCAC